CGCCGCUUCACUUCGCGUCGUGUGGCGAUGGGUGCAGCACGUGACGACGCGGUCGCUUCGGCGUGUCCCGCCGUGGAGGACGACCACGGUGCAGCCGACGACCACGGUGCAACGUGGUGCUCGUGUUGACGGAGUGCGCCGCGGGCUCCGGUACGAGGGACCAUGACAGGUGAUUCCACGAGACACCGAUGCCCGCAGAGUCGUUGAAACCACUCGGCGGGGUACCGCGAGACAUCUUCCAGGACCGGGCCUGAAAACAAAGAUUUGGGAGGAGUUAUGGACUUGAACGCGACUCCCACCUCGGAAGAUUUAGCCUGGGACGUCGCCGGCGAGCUGGUAGAGCCCAACGCCUGGACGAGUCCAGUCCAAGUCGCCGUCGCCGCGCUGUUGGUGUUCCUCCUUUCCCCCGUAGUUCUGUGCAGCAACGCGCUCCUCUUACUCUCCAUGUACCGCUUCAAGAGGCUUCGGACUCCCAGCAACCUGUUUCUUGUGGCUCUCUUCAGCGCCGACUUCGGCAUCGGUCUCCUUCUACCACCUGGACUUUACUUCGAGUUCUCCCGACCUGGGAUCCGGUGUUCCGCACUGUGUCUUCUCCCGUACUGCCUGUUCGUUCAGUUCAGCGGCGUGGCCAUGCUCAGUUCGGCCGCCGUGGCAUUAGACCGUUGCACUUCCCUCGCCCUGCCGCUCACCUACAACAAUCUCAUCACCCACCGGACGGCCGGGCGCGCAGUCAUGGCCAUCUGGGUCUACGCCAUCUUGGUCUCCGGCACGCCACUGCUCACACUCCCUCCGCUCAAGUCGCCGUGUAGUUUCAGACUCGUCUCCACUCCCGUCCGCAUCUUCCUACUGUGCGCCUUCUACCUGCCCUGUCUAGCCGUGAUGACCAGCAGUUACGUCUACGUCUACGUCGUGGCCCGGAGGCACGCCCGGGCCAUCUACUCCGUGGAGGGCAACCUGAGGACCGCAUUGCCUCCGGACCGUCACUACGGCUGGACUCUCACCCUGACCGUGGCGUCGUUCGCCUUGCUCUGGACGCCCGUGGCCGCCUUCGUGGUCCUCGAGGCCGCGUCUCAAGAGCCGUACGACCAGAAGGCCACCUUCUACCUGGGUCUUGCGGGUCUCGGAGCCAGUUCGGUGGACCCGCUCCUGUACGGCUUCCGGAACUCCGAGUUCCGGGCCGCCCUGCUGCGCAUGCUCAAGGAACUGCUUCCCCGGAUGUCCAGUGACUUCCUGGGGGAGAGUCCCAGCGCGCUGCAUCGCAGUCGGUGCGGCACGGCGUCGACGCUAAGGCCCGCCGGUGCGAGUACGACGUUGCCGCCGUUGGAGACGGACUGCUCGGCGUGUACGAGGACGCUCAUCAUGAUGGAUCUGAGGCCUGUGAGCUACGUGUGAAAAAAACAAAACAAAA